AUGGUCUCUGCGAGAGAGGAGACGCAGGCGACAGCGCGUCCUCGCUUCCAGGCGGAGUGAAACUUUUAAAGGGGCUGAAUCCACGCCAUGCUGCCGGACGCUGCGCUCCCGCGGACGUGAGCGACGCUGGGGGAGCGGAGAGUAGCAGCCCGCACGCCGAAGCCGCAGCGAAGAAGACGGAGGAGGCGGCGAAGAAGCAGUCGGUGCGGGGUUUUUUUCCACGCUCGCGGGGAAAGACGGCGUCCGGUGUGAGAAGAAGCUCCGAGGUCGGGGACUCGGGUCGGAGCGGCGCUCAUCGAUUCUGGCCCCCCCUCCCCGAGAGCUCCAUGGAGAAGAUGAAGCGCUUCAAGAGGCGCCUGUCGCAGACGCUGCGCGGCAGCCACACCAUCGACGAGUCGCUGUCCGAGCUCGCCGAGCAGAUGACCAUCGAGGAGAACGGCCUCAAGGACAGCGAGCCCAUAGUGAGAAACGGCCGGCCUCCGUCGGCCCACAGCGUCCACUCCUUCCUCCACCAGUACACGGGGUCCUUCAAGAAGCCGCCGCUGCGACGGCCCCAGAGCGUCAUCGGAGGGGGCCUGGGCUCCCUCAUGCCCCGCAACGGCAGCCGCCUCGAUAUCGUCCACGAGAACCUGAAGAUGGGCUCGGACGGCGAGAGCGACCAGGCGUCGGGGACGUCCUCCGACGAGGUGCAGUCGCCCACGGGCGUUUGCCUGAGGAGCCGCGGCGCCCGCCGCAUCUCUGCCGAGGACCUGAACAAGCGUCUGUCCCUGCCGGCUGACAUCCGGAUACCUGACGGUUACCUGGAGAAGCUGAAGCUGAGCAGCCCGCCGUUCGACCAGCCUCUGAGCCGACGCUCCCGCAGAACGUCGCUGUCAGAAAUUGGGUUUGGGAAGCUGGAGACCUACAUCAAACUGGACAAACUGGGAGAGGGCACGUACGCCACCGUCUUCAAGGGGAGAAGUAAACUGACAGACAACCUGGUGGCGCUGAAGGAGAUCAGACUGGAACACGAAGAGGGGGCACCUUGUACAGCCAUUCGGGAAGUGUCGCUGCUGAAGGAUUUGAAACACGCCAACAUUGUGACGCUGCACGACAUCGUCCACACAGACAAGUCGCUCACGCUGGUCUUCGAGUAUCUGGACAAAGACCUGAAGCAGUACAUGGACGACUGUGGGAACAUCCUCAGCAUGCAGAACGUGAAGAUUUUUCUGUUCCAGAUCCUGCGAGGCCUGGCCUACUGCCACAGAAGGAAAGUCCUACACAGAGACUUGAAACCCCAAAAUCUGCUCAUCAAUGACAGAGGGGAGCUCAAACUGGCUGACUUUGGUCUGGCGAGGGCCAAGUCCGUGCCCACCAAAACAUACUCUAACGAGGUGGUAACGCUCUGGUAUCGGCCUCCAGACGUGCUGCUGGGCUCCUCCGAGUACUCCACGCAGAUAGACAUGUGGGGCGUGGGCUGUAUAUUCUAUGAGAUGGCUGCGGGCAGGCCUCUGUUCCCAGGCUCCACGGUGGAGGACGAGCUGCACCUCAUCUUCAGGCUGCUAGGCACUCCCACCGAAGACAGCUGGCCGGGAAUAUCCUCUAUUGACGAGUUCAAGUCCUACAAAUUCCCUAAAUACAAGGCCCAGCCCCUUCUUAACCACGCACCGAGCCCUCUAGUCAUCGAAGAGGAGCAAAUGUUUCUGAUCAGACCCAGACUGGACACUGAUGGCACCGACCUGCUGAUGUCAUUCCUAAAAUACGAGUCGAAAAAGAGGAUCUCUGCUGAUGAAGCAAUGAGACAGCCAUACUUCAGGAGCCUGGGGCCACGAGUGCACGCACUGCCAGAGAGCAUAUCCAUAUUCACACUGAAGGAGAUGCAGCUGCAGAGAGACCCAGGCUAUAGGAACUCAUCAUAUCCCGAAUCAGGCACCGGGAAGAGCAGAAGACAAAGCAUGCUGUUUUAGUUUCUGGACUGUGCGUUUCUUCUCCUUCACGUGGGACGGAUCUCGGCGCUGCGCGGCUUCUGCAGUGGAUCAGUGAGUCGAAGCGGAAUCGAUGUUGGCAUUGAGCAUCAUCUUCAUCACUCGCCCUGAACGGCCGGGGAGGCGCAGCCUCCUCCGACGUUUGGCCCUAGAGAGACAUUUAUAUACUGUACAUCUAUAUUUAUUGAUAAGAGAAUUUGCUGCUAAAUCCAACUACUGUCUAGAAUUCUAACUGGCUCAGUCACUUUAACGAGUACAUGCAAUGUGUAUAGAAUUUUUUUUCUUUUUGAAGUGGUGAUAUUUUUAGAUUUGUUCUUUGUCAAUAUUUCCAUUUUCAUGCACAAAGAUGCUCCUCAAAGCUCCUCGGCGUGAGUGGUGGAAACAGAGCUCUGUUCGUGUGGCGGCUCAGAGGGGUUCGAUGUUCCGUCUCGGUCGCCAUCGUUUCUGUUCUCCACCAUUCAUGCUGGAGGUUCUUGAGGCCAGCUUUGGUUAAACUGGUAAUGUUGCCCCAACUGGAGGCUAAGUGAAGAGCAGCGCUCGGUGUGAAAAGAUGCUGGCGUAUCAUUCCAGGAUGAUGUGGUCUCUAGUGAGCAAUGAACGAAUGCAGGACGACAGAAGUCACUGUCUAAGCGUCACGGGCAUUAUAGGAUUAUUACACCUCCUACAUCCUUCAGACUGAAAAUGUUUAACCGCCGUAAACAUCUCCACCGUUCUGUUACGAGGAAGGCAAGGCGAAUUUCCGCUCUUGGCAUCUGUAGUGUUGGUUUAUCCAUUCUGCCAUUACCAUCUCACUCAACUGUAAAAAUGGAUCCUCUUUUUCCAGAUCGCCUCCAUCAUUGUGUUGCAUGUCGCUGUUCUGAGUAAGCACACAGCCACCGAGCAUUAGCUGUAGUCCUGCCCCUAGUGAGUAAGAUACUGAGUCUAUUUAACAGUGUUACAGAGAUGUUUUGUAUAAUAUUCUUUAACUUUAUUUGUGGAUUAUCGUUAUUGGUGUGGGAUUUCAUCGCAGAUGUCCUGCCCGUUGAGCUUUUUUUUUUUUCCAGAGUAAAGAUAAUGAUAAAGUUUAAA